UCAGGUGCCUGCCGAACAUCAACUCCGUCCGAAGAUUGCCAUCCCCCAAAAUUUCCACAGCCUCACAGUGACGUUAUUUCUCAGGCCUGAAACGGAAUUCCACACCACCAAGUAUCUUUUUCUACACAUCCCGUAGCUCGAAUUUUGAACGCACACACAUAGAAUGGGACGCGGACGCGAUAGCAGACAGACCUGGGACGAGCCGGACCGACGCAGUCGCCAUGGCGGCGGCGGCGGAGGAGGAGGCGGCACUCGAGACCGAGACCGCGAAAGCUACAGAGACCGCGACGGCGGCGGCAGACGAGACGACCGCGAUAGGAGAGACGAUGGCGCCAGGCGAUAUCGCUCCCGAUCCCGCGACCGCCGCGACAGAGACCACCGUCCCAGAUCCAGAGACCGCGAGAGCGGCGGCCACCGCCCUGGACGCGGCGACGAUCGCGAUGGAGGCGCGAGGCCGCCGCGCAGAGACCGCGGUGGUUGGCAAGGGCGAGAUGAUAGGGACAGCACUAGGCGGCGCAGGGACGAUGAUGAACCGGCGAUGGACGAGCGGCCUCCGAGGCGGCAGUUUGGAGACGAUGAUGAGGGACGCAGCACACCGCGCGACAAUAGAGACCGCAGAAGAUCCGCCUCCCCACGCCGAAGUGGCAGCCCGCCGCAGCCUGGUGCCUCCCGCCGCGAGCACGGCGGCGGCGGCGGGUACACAGAGUCCCUACCCACUCGCACGGUUCAGAGAGGGAAGAAGGAGCAGCAGCAUACCAUGUCCUUCAAGGUCGGACGGCACGACUCGCCGCACAUUGACAGCGGGAGGGACAGUGAGCGCGGUGGAGAUACACCGAUGAGUGGUGGUGGUGGUGGUGGUGGCGGUGGUCGCCGCCGGGACGAUCGAAGCGAGGACGAUGACGAACCUGAGCCCGAGGUGGAGGAUGACGAUAUGGCGGCCAUGCAGGCGAUGCUCGGCUUUGGCGGGUUCGGGUCGACAAAGGGCCAGAAGAUUGCCGGAAAUAAUGUCGGGACUGUGAGGAAGGAGAAGAAGACGGAGUACCGCCAGUACAUGAAUCGGCAGGGUGGAUUCAACCGGCCUCUCAGUCCUGGGAGAUGAUCAACUCCCCGAGAGCGUAUUAGAAAUUGGUUAUUGGGGUUAGUGGUCAUUUGGAGUGGAUGGAUCGGCUCGAUGGAACAGCA